CGUACGCGUGCUGAUGAGUUGUGUCUACGCCGAUCGGAGCAAGUUUCGCGCGUAAAAGUUCACGUUCACGACGUUCUUGAACAAUUCGUAAUUAAAGGUGUAUUGUCUGUGUCUUUCAGUAAUUUGUGUUCCGUUGGAAUGUACAGCAUCUAGCGCCUGCAAAGCCUAGCCCAAAAAUGUGAAGCGCGCACGCACAUGAUUUCAAUAGCAAAUUUCACGCACACAUCGAUAAAUCAGGAGCCAAUAACAUACAAAAAUGAGACGCACACACGUGACGUUUUCGUUGAUUUUGACACAAACACGACGUUCCCAAAUUUUACUGAAUACGCAGAGAUUCCAUAUUACAUAAAAGCGACAUCUAUGACAUUUUGUAUUGUCAUAAUGUGUUUAGGAGUUAUUGGUAAUGUAAUGGUGCCGAUUGUGAUUCUGAAGACCAAGGAUAUGCGGAAUUCUACAAACAUUUUCCUGGUGAAUCUGAGUAUUGCUGAUCUCAUGGUGUUGCUAGUGUGUACACCUACUGUGCUGGUGGAAGUCAACUCGAAGCCGGAGACGUGGGUGCUUGGCAAGGAGCUAUGCCUAGCGGUACCAUUUGUGGAGCUAACGGUAGCGCACGCGUCGGUCCUCACGAUUCUCGCGAUAAGCUUCGAGCGGUAUUACGCUAUUUGCGAGCCUCUACGCGCUGGAUACGUCUGUACGAAGACAAGAGCAACACUCAUCUGCGCACUGGCAUGGUUCUUUGCCGCUUUGUUUACGAGUCCGAUAUUGGCCAUAGCUGAACUUCACUCCGUAACAAGAGAAGAUGGUACCGUCCAGCAAUGCCUGACUCAAGCCGUCACUGUUUGGGAAAUAACGUUCUUCGUGAUGGUCAUAAUUCUCUUAUAUAUACUUCCUCUCAUUAUUCUUAUAAUUCUUUAUACAGUUAUUGCUAAGAAUUUAAUAUCUGCAGCCUCCAAGGUCGUGAUGAACAAAACUGUAGAUCCUUACAAUGUAAGAGCAAGAAAACAAGUUAUUUUAAUGUUGGGAACUGUAGUGUUAUGUUUCUUUCUCUGCUUAAUGCCAUAUAGAGUUCUCGCUCUAUGGAUAAUAAUCACACCAUCUGAGUUGUCAGAUAAUAUAAGUCCUGAGAAAUGGUACAACUUGUUAUAUUUUUCUAGAAUAAUGCUGUAUAUAAAUUCCGCGAUAAAUCCAAUACUGUAUAAUUUGAUGUCUUCGAAAUUUCGCGUCGGCUUCUGCAAAGUAUGCAUCUGUUAUAAAAGAGCAACGGACAGAAAUCAGAACAGGCGAGUGCAGAGAACAGUGACAAAUGGAUCAACGACAAGUAGCAGCUUAUCUAGGACGACUAAUAGCUUGAAAAAACUGUUUACACACCGGACUAGUUUCGAUAAAAGCGAAACAGAGGCGGAGAAGGAAAGCAAAGACGUCGCAAGACAUAAUUUCUUCGCCAUAUUUACAAGUAAGAGAUUUAUAAGGCAGCAGUCAGCUCCGGUGUGCGAGUCUAAACCGAAAAUAAACAGAAUGCGUAGUGAAGGUAAUAUGACGGAAGUAGAGAAUAUAUUGCCUCUAGAUAGGCCUGGAGAUAGAGACACUCCGAGAUUUAUCGGUCAUUCCAAUGUUAAUACUAAAAAUAGAUUGGAUAUUGAGCUGGAUGGUAAUCGUGAUCAUGGAUCGCUGAGGCGAACGGUCCUGAUAAACAGUGCCAAGGCGAAGAGUUUGGAAGACAAUAAAAAGUUCGUUGUCUAUCAAAAGAUAAAGGUUGAUUGCGUCGUCGGCUUCAAGUCCAAGAGUGUUCCCAUCCUGGCUGUUGCAACGUUUACAUACGAACGUUACGACGACGGUACUGAAGUUCCCGUUUGCCUCACACAAGCUGACACCUUCUGGUCGGCUCUAUUCUUCAUUCUCAUCAUCGCCAUCUUCUUCAUCAUCCCUCUUGGCAUCCUCUUAGUAUUAUAUAGUGUAAUCGCUAAGAACCUAAUGGAGAAUCCCGUACUUAUUGCUCAUAAUAGCAAAAAUACAAACAAUGCAGGAAACGUACUGAGGUAUAGGAAGCAAGUGAUCCUCAUGCUGGGAACUGUUGUUCUGUCAUUCUUUAUUUGCCUCCUUCCAUUUAAGGCCCUGACGCUAUGGAUAAUUGUAUUUCCCCCAGAGACAAUAAUGUCAUUAGGAAUAGAUGGUUACUAUAUACUUUUAUACUUUUGUAGAGUAAUGCUAUACCUUAAUUCAGCGAUCAAUCCGAUUUUGUACAACUUGAUGUCUUCAAAAUUUAGAGAAGGAUUUGUCAAACUGUUGAGAGUGAACAAAUUGAUGAGAUGUGGUAGAAACUUGAGGGAAAAUAUGCAAAGAAGAGACACUUUUAAUACUACCACAUCGACUGGGUUUUCCAGCAGUCAGAAUGCUAACGAUUCUUUUUGGAGACGCUACAGUAAUAGAACUUCUUCACAAAAACUCUUUCUAAACAGAGAAAGUAAGAAAAUUAAGGAGGUCAAAGAAAUCUUCGAUACAAAAGUACAACAGAUGAAGGUAGGUGAAAUUAUCAAUGUCGAGAACACACGACGAAAUAGUAUGAAGAUCAUAGCAGCGAUGAAUGAACUUAAUCAUGACUUGGAUAGCAUUAUAAAUGCUGAUAACGUUAAACGUGAUGCCAAAGUAGAAAAACCUAGCGACAUAGAAGUACAUGUUGAAAUAAAUUCAGAAACUGUUCCUGAUAAGCAAAUACAGAUUUUAAAUCUAGACGCUAAAACUAACAACGUAUGCGCAACACUCGUGCAUGAAUGUGAUAGAAACAGAUAUGUGUGUGUGCCAGAGCAAGAUAAAACUAUAUUUGUAUACGAUUUUAAAAGUAACGAGAGUUUUGUGUAACAAAUUGGCCGUGCCAAGUAAAAUGCAUUUAAACAUAAUUUAUAAUAAAAUUAAUAAUGUUUGACAAUAGAUAAGUUUAUUUAUAUAUUUAUGAUUGUUUUAAGGUAAUAGUUUUAUGGAUAAUGGAAAUAAAAACUGCCGAUGUAAGUGCUAUGUUAUCAAUUAAAGGUUUUGUAGUUA